UUACUUUUCUUCAAUAAAAUGAAAGUCCUUGAUAAGCUGAUUGUUUCCCCGACGAACGUUAAGUUCCAAGCUCCUUUUCCACACAACCAAAAGCGUCAGCUGAGUCUGCUCAAUGUUAGCGAUAAGGACCUGGUCUAUUUAAUUGAGCUGGACAAUGAGGAGCUCUUCCAGGUGAUUCCUUCAAGAGGCAGCCUGGAUGCUUACGACACCAUUGAGUUGACACUCCUGAUGAAACCAGCUCCUGAAAAUCUGUCUUCUUGUGUGAUGAAAGUAAAAUACAUGCUGAAACCUGAGGACGCAUCAGAAGACGAUCAAUCCGACAGAUCGGAUAAAACUGUGGAGGAUCCUGCAGGGAAUUCAGCUGCAGAUUGGAGCGAGUCUCACAGGACGCAAGUGAAUAUAUCCCUAGAGAACUGUGUGGAGACGGAGGAGGAAAUGCGACAGAUGUUCGCCUUGGAUAACAGUGCCGACAACGUUGCGAGAAUUCUGGAGAAGAAUUACCAACCCGUCUGCACCAACUGCUGCUUAAAGCGAACAAAUCCACGCGAUUUGGCCAAAACUCCUUCUUGGCAGCGACUUUUCUUCUGGCCAAUUUUCUUUGCACUUUUAUUUCCAUUGCAGUUUAUUUUGGUUGUGAGUUUUUUGGUAUAAAAAUGUUCGACUUGAAUUCAGAGAGAAUCUACUAAAGGGGAACGAGAAUGCAAAUCAAUUACGGAAUUAUGCAAACAGAAAACAAUGCCAGAGGCGAAAACAUAAUAAACUUCGCCCUCUCUCUUUCUCUCUCUCUCU